AGCAACAUUCAUGUGGCCCAUUUCUUGUCAAAUCAGUAGGUCCUUUGAUGUGAUUUCAUCCCCCAUUUUCUCCUGUUCUUUUAACCUUUGCCAUAGCUUUUCAAUAGUUGCCUCAUUUUUGGCUACAAAAAUCGAUCAAUCACAAUCUACUUCAAUUCUACUAAAAAAAACAUGUCAACUUUUGACAGAGGUAAAGAAUUGGUUGAGGGAUCAUCAAGAUCCCCAGGCGAUCAACCAGCCACACUGAGUCGAUAUGAGUCCCAAAAACGACGAGAUUGGAACACUUUCGGUCAGUACUUGAGAAAUCAAAGGCCACCAGUUUCCAUAUCCCAAUGUAAUAGCAGCCAUGUCCUAGAAUUUCUCCGAUAUCUAGACCAGUUCGGGAAAACUAAGGUUCACUUACAAGGUUGUAUCUUUUAUGGACAGCCUGAGCCGCCAGCUCCCUGUACUUGUCCGUUAAGACAAGCAUGGGGAAGCCUUGAUGCUCUCAUAGGACGGCUUCGAGCCGCCUAUGAAGAGAACGGCGGCUCGCCUGAGACAAAUCCAUUUGCUAGCGGUGCAAUUCGGGUGUAUCUAAGGGAAGUGAAAGAGUGUCAAUCUAAGGCACGAGGCAUUCCGUACAAGAAGAAAAAGAAGAAGAUUGGUGGUACCAGUGACAGCAAAGGAGAUGAUGAUUCCACUUCUUCUCAUCACCCAUUUUCUUAAUCCAAUUAAUAUAUAGUAUAUAUUGGAUUUCUGCCUACUGCCUGUUUCUUCCCAAUGGAUAUUGCCGACAAUUAAGGGGUUUGCUAUGUAGCUCUGGAAGAAUCGUAUUAUGUCAACAAUUUGGUUAUAAGCCCCUUUCCUUUCUCUGCUAAUUAAUUAUUAGCAAGUGUUUAAGGGCCUUUCCUUUAAAUAACUAGGAAGUAAUCCACUACUCUAUUAUUUUCUGGCGGACUUAGCCCAUAUUCCCAGCUAUUUGUGAAUCGUAAAUUAUCUCUUGUAACUUGUAAGAUCGUAAAACUUUUUGUACAAGUGAUCUUCCCAUUUGCCAGUGCA